UCAAGCCUGGGGCCUCACAUUCUCUUUAAUUCUCGACACCAGUCCCUGUGACCCCGGGCGCAUUAAAGCUCAACACAAAGACGACAAAGUGUGUUCUCCUACACAAUAACAGCCUCUGUUUUCCCAGCUUAGGCCAGAUUAUAUUAGGAUAGCGUGUGGCGUACACUGAAGUUUAUGCAGAAUGGGGUGACUUUGGUGUGAGACUUCAAAGAAAUAUGUACCCAGCCUAUGCAGGUAUGUGCCCACAAAUUGCACAUGCCGGUCCUUUGUUCCUCAGUGGUCGGGCAACUCUCCCGCAGGUCACUGGGCUUUAGCGGCAACACGAGUGAAAGGUUGUCGCGUGGACCAAUCACAGCGGACCUGUGACACAAAAGGUGAAAGCUGCUGUGAUAAGCAGCCUGUAGACUGAGUCCACCCUGCCUGUUGUGUUUUUUAAGGCGUACUAAAACGCACGGGUAGAGAGGAGACACUGGUUGUCAGUAGUUUUCGUCCGCUUUGGUAAGCUCCAGGCCGCCUCCAUGUCCCACUACGCCAGCCAGCUGAGGGGGGACGCUCAGGUCCCGAUUGGGACGCGGUACACCGUACACAGCAGCAGGAUUAGCGGCAGCCAGGCGGCUUCCGCCGGGGCCAGCUACAGCGCGACACGAGUGAAACAGAGCAGCCAUUACAGCCAUGGCGUGGCCAGCGCGAACGCCUACCAUUACGAGAGCGACCUCACGGAUCGCUUCAACUCCUACGCCGUCAAAGUGCGUCUCCUGGAGGACGACAACAGGAGGAUCGGGAUUCGUAACGAGGAGCUGGAGAUAGUUAUCAAGGAGCUGAGAACCAAGCUGACCGAGCUCAGCCAUUUAAACGGCAUCAUGUCCACCGAGCUGGAGUUCUAUCGUGGCGAGAAUGGGAAGCUCGCACACGUCAUUGAAACGCUGGAGCUGAGGAAUUCCGGCUUACAGUCGCAGGUGAACGAAGCCAUAGAGGCCGGCGAGCGGGCAAAGGCGAGGAUCAACGAACUGAUGCUACUUGAGCAGAUCAGCUCGCUGACGGAAAGCAAACGUCUGCUUGAGCUAGAGAUCAUCAAAUUUAGAGAGGAGUCGAUGAACGCCAGCAUCACCAUCCACCAAACUUCCGAGAGCUAUUCCGCAUCCCCAUCGAGUGACCUGAAGGAUAGGGAGAUAGAGGACCUGAUGAACGAGCUGCAGAGGAUGAGGGACAUGAAUGACAGCCUGAAGAAGGACAUGACGACCAUGGAGCUGAAGAUGGAAGAAGCCGGCAGUAGAGAUGCGGCAGGUGGAUUCGGAGUAGGUGGAUUCGGAGUGGAUCAGGGAGGCGUGUCCAUUGAAGACGUCCAGAGGAAGGACAGGGAGCUGGACGACGCCAAGGACGAGCUAGCAAGGUUGAAGGCAGAGCUGGACAAGGCGAACGCAGACAACAUGAGGAUACAAGGAGACAUGGGGAAAAUGAAAAUGCAGCUGGAUUCCACACAAAAAGAGAUGCAGAAUGCUCAACAAAAUGCCAGAGCAUCGGCCCAGAAAGAAGGAGGCGAAGCCAAGAGACUCCAAGGCGAGCUGGACCGACUACGUGCCCAACUGGAGGCAAAGGACAGAGAAGCUAAGGCCUUGAAGGACAAGGUAGACGGUCUCAAUAACGAAAAAAGAAAUCUCCAACGCAAGUUGGAAGACACGGAGAGAGAGGCAGGAAAACAGAGAAAACAGAUGGAUGAUUUGAAGAGACAGAAGGAGAGAAGUGCAAGUCAAAGUGCAGAAGGAGAGAAGAUGAGACAAGAGAACAGGGAGCUAUCACUGAAGAUGAGCAGGUUCGAGUCGCGGAUAGGAGAGCUCCAGUCUGAGCUUGAUAUCGCCCUGAGGAAGAUUGAAGAGUUGGCUAGAGAAAAUGAAACACUGGAUGCUGACAAUGAAAACCUGAAGUCAGAGAGAGAUCUACUGAAGAAUCGUCUGGCCGACAAGGAAAGCGAGCUACAAGACGUCCUAGAUGAGUUGGCGAGGCUACGAAAGGAGAGGCUAGAGUUUGAGACGAUGACGAAAGAGGUCAGUCAUACGGAGGUCGCGUUCCAGGGCAAGGUCCAAGACUUGGAGGAUCAGCUGGCCAAUCUUCAAAGGAGGCUGAAAGACGCUCAGGCAGAGAACGACGCCAAGGAUAGGGAGCUGAGAGAAGCACAGAUGGAUCUUGAGAGCGCCGAACGUAAGAUAACCAUCAUAUCGGAGGAGAAAGGUAGAUUAGAGAGCGACUCAGAUAGCAUAAAAGAUGCAGAGAAGGGCCUGGAAGAUAAGUGCUUCACGCUGGAGAGCAGGUGCACUUCCUUACAGGCUGAGCUAGAUGCACUCAGGAAGCAGCUUCAAGACAAAGACGACGCUCUUAAGGAAGUAGAGGACGAGAGGGCGAGGCUAGAGAUAGAGAAAGGAGACAUAGAGAACAGGAUGCACGGGAUGGAAAGAGAAAUGAAGAAGAUCAAGGUUGACCUAGACAGCGCGAGGGGUCAAGUAGAACAACUGUCAGGACCAAUGCAGGAACAGCAGUCGUCACUCAGCCAAUUCGAACAGAAAAACGUCCAACUUCAGAAGAAGAGUGAAAGUAACCGAAGGUGAGGAGGCCAUUGUCAAGGUGCAGAGUCUGUCCUUGAAGACAUCACACCUGGAGAAACAAGUAGAGAUGUACAGGGUCAAGCUUGAAGGAUCUUCGAAGGAGAUAAAGGAACUGGAGAACGAGAUCGAGAGGCUGAUGGAGGAGAACAGGGAGAUGAAGAGGACCAUCAUCCGGCUGGGUGAUCAGGACCAGUACAACCUGGAACAGGCUAUUAGACAAAUUGACGAUCUGUCCGGCCGAAUCGACAACCAGCAGAUUGAUGACGUCAGAAAGAUGGUGGCAUCAAAAGACUUGCAGGUGAGGCAGCUCGGGGAGCAGAUCAAAGUGCUCAUGGAGGAGAACUCGCGGCUAGAGACAGCUUUAAUCAGCGCUAACACCACCACACAUACCACCACCACCAUCCUCCAGAACGGUGGUGUGUCCUCCCAUGGGUCUAGUGUUGGGAAGUGGUCAGGGGGGAACACUACCAUUUCAGGGGGGACGAUGAACUUCACGACACAACAGCAUGGCGGAUCGACGACGUUCUCACAACAUGGUGGAUCAGUGAGUCAGCACAGCGUGACGUCACAUCAGAAACAAACGACCAAUGAGAUGCACGGAGUGGCGACGCAUGGACAUCACGUGACACACCUACAACAGGGAAAAGCAGUGUCAAGCUCCACAAUGACAGGACAGAUGGUGACAUCAGGUGAGACACACAGUACCACUGUCAUGGGGGGAACAGUGACAUCAUCAACUACCGCUGAAAAAAUCGUGGUGAACGUGCCGACUAGCAAGAGUGUCGUUGUGCAUGGAGCAGGAGAGCUCGCAGCUGGGAAGAAGAUAUCAGUAAAAGUGCCACAUGCACAAAGUGUCGCGGUACCCAACGCUUCCGGUGGUGGUCAAACGAUCAAUGUCAAUGUUCCCAUGUCCACUAAUCAAACCGUCACUACUCACGAGGCACAGAAGAUCAUGGUGAACGUUCCCAUGGCAACAUCGCACACAGCCCACACCACGUCCAGUGAGAAGAUCAUGGUGAACGUUCCAAUGGCAGCAUCGCACACAACAUCAAGUGAGAAGAUCACGGUGAACGUUCCCAUGGCAACCACCCAGACCGUCACAACUCACACAGGUUCGGAUCAGAAGAUCAUGGUCAAUGUCCCCAUGGCAACAGCGCAUACGACUCACACCACGUCCAGUGAGAAGAUCAUGGUGAACGUUCCCAUGGCAACCACGCAGACCGUCACGAAUCAGGAGCACCACGUGAUGGUGAACGUCUCCGGAGGAGGAACACAGACCGCAGCAGGCGGCGCGCACGUGGCAAUGGCAGGUGGUCACGCGUCAGCAUCGACGGGGCAAAGCGUCACGGUCCAUGGAGGACACGCGGCAACAGGAGCAGCGCAGAAGAUCAUGGUCAACGUGCCAAUGCCGGGUGGAUCGGAAGCACACACCGUUACGGUAGGGGGAGGAGCAAGCCAGGCAGCCGGUCAGAAAAUCAUGGUCAACGUGCCCACAUCGGCGGUAAGCACGGGCACCAGCGGGGCACAGAAGGUCAUGGUCAACGUACCAGUCACGCAGACUGUAACUGUGUCUCCAAAAGUUACAGUUAAUGUUCCUGUUACCAAAAGCUGAUGAACAAUAGCUCUCUAGCGAGUUGGUGAUAUAUAACAUAAGUUUAAACCAAUAGCAUGGAGGAUGACCUAUUAAGACAUUGUUGAUGGUGUGGUGUAAGUUUAAGAAAAGAGAAGGCAGCAGAAAUAUCACGAUAACAACUGUGAAAAUAGAUAAUUUGGCAAAGACAAUGGGAAAAAAAAUUCUUGCUCUAUUAUGGUGCCAUUUGUGGGUUUGGGUUUGAUCUACUAUGUAAUAGCUUGUUCCAAACAACGCUGUCCAUAAUUGCGACGUUAUCUUCGAUACUAUCUACAUAGCCUUUUACAAUAAAAUUUACGACAUAAGCUAGCCAUAGAAUAGGUGCUUAUUUGUGGUACCAAACCAAUAAUUAGCUUGUCAGAAAGAGGAACAUAAUAAACGUUUAUGCUUCAACAAUUGUAUGUUGUAGCCCGUUAAAACAAUCGUAAUCGGCGAGAUACAGAACUGUUGAGAAAAGUAUUUUGGCAUGGCGUUUACCUGCACAACAGAGUUAAGAAGUUGAAUAAUAACCCAGGCAUUUUUUGUCUUUCCCCUGCCAUUCCCAAGUAGAUUGGUAUCACGAUUUGGCCAGAUACAAAUGUAAUACAAUGGGGCCAUACUAGUACUGCUAGCUGCGUAUAAAAAGUAUUUUCAUUGACCAUGUGUUAACAUCUGGAGGUGUAUUGGUGAUAUAUUUUGAAAAUUGAACAGUCGCUGAUUUGAAGGAGGUGUUGGUAAGCCUGUAUCAUCAUAGUUUUGGGUUUAGGAUGAUGGUGUAUAGUUUUAUUUCAUAAUAGUCAAUACUUGCAUAUGGGAAUUGCAGUAGACAUUCUGUGAAAAUAUAUAUGUGCACACGAUAAAGCUGACUACUGGCAAAGUUUAUACUUAAAAUCAUACGAACCAUCUUGGUAAUGACGACAUGACUGUCCAAAACAGUGACUAUUCAAUUUUGUUUUUCUAAUAUCAAUGAAUAAAAGCUAUAUGUGUAUUUGUGGAA